CACUGGUAGCGCCGCCCACCGCCCCCGCCGCGUACCUGGAGGUCGGAGUAGGGCUUGGCCAACUGUCUCCAUCCGCUGGCGGAGUCUCUCUUCCUGGAUUCCGCCUCCCUCGGCUACCCCCGGUGUAGAUCGAAGUUAGCGGGCGAUGGCGGGACUGCGGGACGGGCUUCGGGAGAGGGUUUGAGGCGCAAGAGCGGAGGAAGGAGUCCGGCGCGUACCCUAGGAACAGGAUCCUUAACAUUUUCAGAGACUCUUUUGGAAAGAACAAGUCUACUUCAAUAAAUGAAGGAGAAUAAAGAAAAUUCAAGCCCUUCAGUAACCUCAGCAAACCUGGACCACACAAAACCAUGUUGGUACUGGGAUAAGAAAGACUUGGCCCAUACACCCUCGCAAUUGGAAGGACUCGACCCAGCCACUGAGGCCCGGUACCGCCGAGAGGGGGCUCGGUUCAUCUUUGAUGUGGGCACGCGUUUGGGACUCCACUAUGAUACCCUGGCAACUGGAAUAAUUUAUUUCCAUCGCUUCUAUAUGUUUCAUUCCUUCAAGCAAUUCCCAAGAUAUGUCACAGGAGCUUGUUGUCUCUUUCUGGCUGGGAAAGUAGAAGAAACACCGAAAAAAUGUAAAGAUAUCAUCAAAACAGCUCGUAGUUUAUUAAAUGAUGUACAGUUUGGCCAGUUUGGAGAUGACCCGAAGGAAGAAGUGAUGGUUCUGGAGAGAAUCUUACUACAGACUAUAAAGUUUGAUUUACAGGUGGAGCAUCCAUACCAAUUCCUACUCAAAUAUGCAAAACAACUCAAAGGUGAUAAAAACAAAAUUCAAAAGUUGGUUCAAAUGGCAUGGACAUUUGUAAAUGACAGUCUGUGUACGACCUUGUCACUGCAGUGGGAGCCAGAGAUCAUAGCAGUGGCAGUGAUGUAUCUCGCAGGACGUUUGUGCAAAUUUGAAAUACAAGAAUGGACCUCGAAACCCAUGUACCGGAGGUGGUGGGAGCAGUUUGUGCAGGACGUCCCUGUGGACGUGCUGGAAGACAUCUGCCACCAAAUCCUGGAUCUGUACUCACAAGGAAAACAGCAGAUGCCUCAUCACACGCCCCAUCAGCUGCAGCAGCCCCCGCCGCUCCAUCCCCCCCCACCAGUGCCACAAGUGCCACAGUCACAGCUGCCUCAAGGCUCCGAACCGCCCCAGCCCCAGCAGAAGGACUCCCAGCCGUCAGCCCCGCCACCACCGCAGCCGGCCCCGCCACCCAAGAAGCCAUCCCCACAGCCUAGUCCUCCCCGCCAAGUGAAGCGAGCCGCGGUCGUUUCUCCCAAAGAAGAGAACAAAGCAGCAGAACCACCACCACCUAAAAUCUCCAAAAUUGAGACCACUCACCCUCCAUUGCCUCCGGCCCACCCACCGCCAGACCGGAAGCCUCCCCUCUCAGCGGCCUUGGGCGAGGCCGAGCCGCCGGGCCCUGUGGAUGCCAGUGACCUCCCCAAAGUCCAGAUUCCUCCUCCGGCCCACCCCGCCCCCGUGCACCAGCCCCCGCCGCUGCCACACCGGCCGCCGCCACCGCCGCCCUCCAGCUACAUAACCGGGAUGUCCACCACCAGCUCCUACAUGUCUGGGGAGGGCUACCAGAGCCUGCAGUCCAUGAUGAAGACGGAGGGCCCCUCGUACGGCGCCCUGCCCCCCGCCUACGGGCCACCAGCUCACCUGCCCUACCACCCCCACGUCUACCCCCCCAACCCCCCCCCACCGCCAGUGCCCCCUCCCCCAGCCUCCUUCCCCCCACCCGCCAUCCCGCCCCCCACUCCUGGCUACCCUCCACCUCCCCCCACCUACAACCCCAACUUCCCACCCCCACGCCUGCCCCCUACCCACGCCGUCCCGCCUCACCCUCCUCCAGGCCUGGGCCUGCCACCAGCUAGCUACCCACCUCCAUCCGUCCCCCCUGGAGGACAGCCGCCUGUGCCCCCCCCCAUCCCCCCACCCGGCAUGCCUCCAGUUGGGGGGCUGGGACGGGCAGCCUGGAUGAGAUAACCUGACGCCUUUUCUUCCUUUGGUUUUGUAACAAGCUUUUCUAAUCUUGAGGAGUAGCUGAAGUGUGUGAGCAGCAGGGUACCUUGUAUAAUGCUAGACAGUUGCAGUAUGGGAGGAAGCGGACCGACUGGCUGAGAUGAAAUCGGGGUGGUCCUCCACAUCUGGAGAACGGGGACAGUGGCUUUCAGUGUAGCCUAGGCAGCACCGAUUGCCACCGACGGUGCUUGGUGGCAGCUGAUGUCGGCUGAGUCCUGCACUGGGUGACUUUAUACUAGUGAAAAUGUUAACCAGCCAUAUUGGCUCAAUGAAUAGCUUCAGUAAGGAGUGAAUUUCCUUCUAGAAAUCAGUGCCUAUUUUUCCUGGAUGCUCCGUUUUAAAUAGUCCAGUUCCAUCUGAAGUCAAGCUGUUGUCAUCGCUUUCAUUCUGUGAUCUGUCCCGUGAUACCCAGUAGGUCAGAAGAACCACUUUUUUGAUUUAGAGAUAUUUACAUCCUUUGUAUUAAAGUUAUUUUGAAGGGG